AUGGCGCAGGGAGCCAGCAAUUGCGGCAAGGCAGCUGGCAAGGGACCACCUCCACCACCUCCGGCUCCUGGAGGCAAGGCGGCCGCCAAAGGAUCGAAACGCGCUGGUCAGCCUGAGUCCAUCCAGGUGGUAGCGGCCCUCAUGGAUGGCCGGGAGUUGACCUUGCAGACCGAGUGGGACGGCCGCGUGGAAGGCCUCCGGAUGUCUCUGGGCACCCGGCUGGGGAUCAGCUCGCACCGGGUGAAGCUCGCCUUGGGGGGAGAGGUCCUGAAGAACGAGUCGACCGCCAAGGCUUGCGGCCUCGUGGACGGCAGCGUGGUCAACGUGGUGGUCUUGCCGCCGCUGUACGGCACGCUGGGGCGUGCGGGAGUGACCGCUCCUGGUGAGGUCGUUGCUGCCAAGAUGGAGCUUCAUGACGCACUGGCGCAAGCGGGAAAGCUGACUCCGAUCCACACUUGA